CAGUAACCGGUGCUUUCCCACCCCCAGCCAGUCGUGUCCCAUCACCAUGUUCUGGAAGUUUGAUUUGAACACAACGUCACACGUGGACAAGCUGCUGGACAAGGAGGAUGUGACCCUGGAGGAGCUGAUGGACGAGGAUGACGUCCUGCAGGAAUGCAAGGCCCAGAACCGGCGGCUGCUGGACUUCCUGUGCCAGCAGCACUGCAUGGAGCAGCUGGUCACCCUCAUCACCCACGAGCCCCCCGUGGACAUGGACGAGAAGGUCCGAUUCAAGUAUCCCAACACGGCCUGCGAGCUGCUGACCUCGGACGUGCCGCAGAUCAACGACAAACUGGGUGGGGACGAGACCCUGCUCAACAUCCUCUACGAUUUCCUGGACCACGAGCCCCCCCUGAACCCCCUCCUCGCCAGCUUCUUCAGCAAGACCAUCGGGAACCUCAUUGCACGGAAAACAGAACAGGUAGGGAUGGGAUCUGUCCCGUCCAGGGAAUUCUCCAGCUCUGCCGGUGUUGUGUCCUUGCUGUGAGCUCAUGGUGCUCCU